UUCAAACUGACAGAGGGAACGGAUGCUCCUUAGUAGCACAUGCUCGGGAUCGUGUGUGUACCGUUUGUGCAGAGCAGAGACGCUGAAUACUGGUCCAUAUGCUCCUUGUUUACUGCAAUGUUUUUUGCAUGUUACUGUGCACUCCGGACUAAUGUGAAGAAAGGCCAAGAGGAAGAGAAUCCCACAGGUAGAGGCCUUCAGCUGGGACCUUUCCCUGAAAUGGAAUGGACUAAUGCACAGAAAUACCGUUAUCAAGAUGAGGAUGUUCCACAUGAUCAUACUUUGCCUCGAUUGACCCAUGAAGUGAGAGGCCCAGAGCUUGUUCAUGUGUCAGAGAAGAACUUAUCUCAAAUAGAGAAUGUCCAUGGAUAUGUCUUACAGUCGCACAUUUCUCCUUUGAAGGCAAGCCCUGCCCCUAUAAUUGUCAACACAGACACCUUGGACACAAUCCCUUAUGUCAACGGAACAGAAAUUGAAUAUGAGUUUGAAGAGAUUACAUUGGAAAGGGGAAAUUCUGGUCUGGGGUUCAGUAUUGCUGGAGGAACAGAUAACCCACACAUUGGGGAUGAUCCUGGGAUAUUCAUUACUAAGAUUAUACCAGGAGGAGCUGCAGCAGAGGAUGGAAGACUCAGGGUCAACGACUGCAUCUUGCGAGUGAAUGAGGUGGACGUAUCAGAAGUCUCACACAGCAAAGCCGUGGAGGCCCUAAAGGAGGCUGGCUCCAUAGUUCGAUUGUAUGUUCGUCGAAGGAGGCCUAUUCUGGAGACCGUGGUAGAGAUCAAGUUGUUCAAAGGCCCUAAAGGUCUGGGUUUCAGUAUUGCAGGAGGAGUGGGAAACCAACACAUUCCUGGGGACAAUAGCAUUUAUGUCACCAAGAUUAUUGAAGGAGGAGCUGCACAAAAAGAUGGGAGGUUACAGGUUGGAGAUAGACUUCUUAUGGUAAACAAUUAUAGUUUAGAAGAAGUUACCCAUGAAGAGGCAGUAGCGAUACUGAAGAACACAUCAGAUGUAGUGUAUCUAAAAGUUGGAAAGCCCACCACCAUUUACAUGACCGAUCCUUAUGGCCCACCAGACAUUACUCACUCUUAUUCUCCACCAAUGGAAAAUCAUAUACUCUCUUCUGGAAACAACGGCACUUUAGAGUACAAGGCGUCUCUGGCCCCUAUCUCACCUGGAAGAUACUCACCCAUUCCAAAGCACAUGCUUGUGGAGGAUGACUACACCAGGCCUCCUGAACCUGUUUACAGCACUGUGAACAAACUGUGUGAUAAACCACCUUCUCCUAGGCACUAUUCCCCUGUCGAGUGUGACAAAAACUUCCUUCUUACAGCUCCCUAUCCCCACUACCACAUAGGCCUGCUCCCUGACUCUGAGAUCACCAGUCAUUCCCAGCACAGCACCGCAACGCGUCCCCCCACAGUGAGCUUGCAGCGGACCAUUUCUGUGGAAGGAGAGCCUCGAAAAAUCAUCCUCCACAAGGGGUCCACUGGACUUGGCUUUAACAUUGUGGGAGGAGAAGAUGGGGAAGGCAUUUUCGUGUCUUUCAUCUUAGCAGGCGGGCCUGCUGAUCUCAGUGGAGAACUGCAGAGAGGAGAUCAGAUUUUGUCUGUGAAUGGCAUCGAUCUUCGAGGUGCUACCCACGAGCAGGCUGCAGCUGCACUCAAGGGAGCAGGGCAGACGGUAACAAUCAUAGCACAAUACCAGCCGGAGGAGUACGCUCGGUUUGAGGCAAAAAUCCAUGACCUGCGUGAGCAGAUGAUGAAUCACAGCAUGAGUUCUGGGUCUGGCUCCCUGAGGACUAAUCAGAAGAGGUCGCUGUAUGUCAGAGCCAUGUUUGACUAUGACAAGAGCAAAGACAGUGGUCUCCCAAGCCAAGGCCUCAGUUUUAAGUAUGGAGACAUUCUUCACGUCAUCAAUGCCUCGGACGAUGAGUGGUGGCAAGCGAGGAGGGUCACCCUGGAGGGAGACAGUGAGGAGAUGGGAGUUAUACCCAGCAAGAGGAGAGUGGAAAGGAAGGAGCGUGCCCGUCUGAAGACUGUGAAGUUCAACGCAAAGCCUGGUGUCAUUGAUGCAAAAGGGGACAUCCCCGGAUUAGGUGACGACGGUUAUGGAACAAAGACUCUGAAACAUGUUUCUUCUAAUGCCAGCGAUAGUGAAAGUAGCUACAGAGGCCAAGAGGACUGCAUCCUUUCUUAUGAACCUGUCACAAGACAGGAAAUUAAUUACACCAGGCCAGUAAUUAUUCUGGGCCCUAUGAAAGAUCGAAUCAAUGAUGACUUGAUAUCUGAAUUCCCUGAUAAGUUUGGAUCAUGUGUACCACAUACCACACGACCAAAGCGUGACUAUGAAGUGGAUGGGAGAGAUUAUCAUUUUGUCAUUUCAAGAGAACAAAUGGAAAAAGAUAUCCAAGAGCACAAAUUUAUAGAAGCCGGGCAGUACAAUGAUAAUUUAUAUGGAACUAGCGUCCAGUCUGUGAGAUUUGUGGCAGAGAGGGGCAAGCACUGUAUUCUCGAUGUGUCAGGAAAUGCGAUCAAACGACUACAAGUUGCACAACUAUAUCCCAUCGCUAUCUUCAUUAAGCCUAAAUCAUGGGAGCCUCUGAUGGAAAUGAAUAAACGUCUUACAGAGGAGCAAGCCAAGAAAACCUAUGAUCGUGCAAUUAAGUUAGAACAAGAAUUUGGAGAAUAUUUUACAGCUAUUGUCCAAGGAGAUAGCUUAGAAGAUAUAUAUAAUCAAUGCAAACUCGUAAUUGAAGAACAAUCUGGGCCUUUCAUCUGGAUUCCUUCCAAGGAAAAAUUAUAAAUUAGCCACUGCACCUCUGAUUACGACGGGAGAAUAUUUAGAAGAAAACUAUAAUAUACUAUUUGGAGGCUUUCCUGUUUUUGUUGCAUUUAUGUUCUUUGCAGUCAAUGUGAAUUUUGAUGAAUGUACAACACAGUGUUUGAAGCCAUGAAGGACACUGAUGGGUCAAAGGGUAGGAACAAAAAGACUUCUACCAUAUAAAGCAAAUCUGUUGUGUGCUGAAAGCACCAGUUGUAGGUAUAAACUUUUGACAUGGAGACCCUCUGUCAAGGGGAGCUAGCCACCUCUUGUGCCCAUGCGGACAUUUGAUCAAUUUCAAUGGCUGAGCUCAGUGUGUUGAUUGCUUUAAAGAGAAGUUCCCAGCUCUUGAACCUCAUAUAGGGCUUGAUUCUGCAAGGCGCUCAGCAUUUGACCCCAGUUCCUACACAUGUGAGUAGCCCCUUGACUUGGAGUUACUUGUAAUCCUUCCCUAUGCCAUUCAGUCCCAUCCGUUCCAGUAGGACUAUUCAUGUGCUCAAAGCUAAGCACGGGCUUAAGCGUUCUGCUAGAUCAGGGCCACAUGCACCUUGCAAAAUCAAGCUCAGAGUUCUUGGUCCACUUCCCACUGAAGUCACUGGUAGGACUGUCUUUGACUUGACUGGGAGGUGGAUCCUAUUCUAAGCUUGUCAUUGCACAUUUGUAGUUGGUACACCUCGACUUUGGUAACUAUGCACAUCUUUUGAUUUCUGAAACCAAGUCAAGCAUUUCUUUUUCCCCUCUGGAAACACUAUUGCAUCAGGAACUAAUAACAAUAUAGUUUAUUUUAAUGGAUUUUGGGGGUAAGAGAGGAUGGAAGCAUUUCACAUCACACAUAUGUGCACACAAAUACAUUCCUAUGUGGACACACACACAAGCAUGAGGAUUCACAGCACCUAUGUUGACGAGGAGGGAUACAACUGGGAAACGCUUUAAAUUUUUUGAUUGUCUAUUUUAUCAUUUAUAUUGAUAGAAGGCACUUA